AUGGUCAAUCAAAAUAAUAUAAUUGCUUGUAAAAGUGGGUAUAUAACAAAUUUCAACAAUUGUCAAAAGUGCUCAGAUCUCUACAAAUCAAGUGAAGUGUGUGAAAAUGGUCGUCCCACAAAAUGUGAAAUUGAAUUUGAAAUAAAUAAAUCUGGACAGUGUGAACACAAUAACUGUUCUGAUCCAAAUGAUGAAAACGGGAAAUGUACUUCAUUUAUCAACAACUGCACUUUCAUCACAAAUUCAAAGUGUUUGGAGUGUGAUAAUAGUUUAAUUUUAAACAAUGCAGAAUGUCUUACAAAUGACGAUUUACAAUGCACAAAUCAGAGUUUGGUUUCUUGUUUGCGUUGUAAAAAUUCUUAUUAUUUUAAUUCAUCAACUAAUAAAUGUGAAAGAUGCGAUCCAAAUUGUUUGACCUGUGUCAUGAAUCCGACUUACUGUCUUUCAUGUCCACCAGGAUUUUACAUUUCAAAUAAUAUUUGCAAAACAAAUUCCGAAUUGGUAGGAAUUUGCACACAAUUUAUAUCAUCUGGUGGAUGUGCAAAAUGCGCUGAAGGUUAUUACAGAAAUGGGUUGGACUGUUAUAAAUGUAAUCUUUCAUGUUCAUUGUGUAAUACAAAUUCGACAUACGGGUAUUUUCAAGUCAAUACAAAUGAAUGUGAAAAGUGUGAAACAACGUGUCUAACAUGUUCAUCCAAAAGAAGUUGCGAAUCAUGUUUAUCAUCGAAGGUCUUACUUUCAAGUGGAAUAUGUGUGACACUUUCUCAGAUAACAAAGUGUAAAGAAAUAAAAAAUUCAAAAUGCAACAAAUGUUCAUUCUGGUAUGCACCAAGUCCAGAUGGAACUUAUUGUGAAAAGCGUGCUGUGUGGUGGGUCAUACUUGUUGUAGUUCUUUUUAUUAUAUUUGUAUUAUCGAUUCUUGUUAUAGUGUUAAUAUUUUCCACGAAGAGAAUUUUAAAAAUGAUUCACACAAAGGAGCAAGAAAAAACCACAACCAUAUUCGGAAUGGAAAAAUCAAAUGUCAAAUUCAAUUCACUUGCAAACAACAUUUGCGUCUCUUCAAAAGAACUCAAUUUUAAUUCUGAAAUUGAAGAAAUUCCUGUCAACACAGAAACAAAAAUUGUGUUUUGUGUUGGCAAUAUGUCCAAAAACGUCUUGAAAAUUCAAUUCACCACAACAACACAAAUUGACAAAUUUACAAUAAGAGUAACACCAGAAGUCGUCAUGUUAAAAAAGAAGUUUGCAUGUGAAUUUUAG